AGUGGAGUGGCCGGCAUCAUCCUACCAGAGAAAGAAGAAAAGCUGCUCCCAAUAAAAAAGGGCGACGCCAUAGCCCUCCCCUUCGGCGUCGUAACAUGGUACCACAACAAGGAAGACACCGAGCUACUCAUCCUCUUCCUUGGCGACACCUCCAAAGCCCACAAACGCGGCUCCUUCACCGACUUCUUCCUCACGGGCCCCAAAGGCAUCUUCACGGGCUUCUCCACCGAGUUUGUCAGCCGGGCCUGGGACGUCGACGAGCCCACCGCCAAAGCCCUAGUCUCCAGCCAGCAUGGCCACGGCAUAAUCAAGCUCGGCCCAAACACAAAGCUCCCCGAGCCCAAUAAGGAGCAUUAUAACGGCAUGGCCCUCAACUGCGAAGAGGCCCCACUUGACGUGGACAUCAAAGGUGGGGGCAAGGUAGUUGUUUUGAACACCAAGAAUUUGCCUCUAGUUGGGGAAGUUGGGCUUGGGGCAGACCUUGUUAAACUGAAUGGCAGUGCAAUGUGUUCUCCCGGCUUUUCGUGUGAUUCGGCUCUGCAGGUGACUUACAUUGUGAGGGGUAGUGGGCGUGUACAGGUCGUGGGAGUUGAUGGGAAGAGGGUUUUGGAGACUACUAUUAAGGCUGGGAAUCUGUUUAUUGUGCCCAGGUUCUUUGUGGUCUCGAAGAUUGCGGACCCUGAUGGCAUGGACUGGUUCUCCAUCAUAACUACUCCUAACCCGAUUUUCACGCAUUUGGCGGGAAGGACUUCGGUGUGGAAGGCGCUGUCGUCGGAGGUGCUUCAGGCGGCUUUUAAUGUUCCGGUUGAAGUCGAGCAGAAGUUCAGCUCGAAGAGGAAGGGGGAAGAGAUCUUCUUCCCGCCACCUAGUCAG